AUGAACCCUCAAAUGUCGUCCCUGAUGGACUUGGUGUCCCAGAAUCAGCCUCACUUUCAGACCCACCAAGCGUUACUUGUCAUUGGCAUGCAAAACGACUUCAUUCAGCCUGAUGGACGGUUGCCAGUCAGCAACAAGAACGGCUACCUGGACCGCAUCCAGACGCUUAUCCCAAAGUUCCGCGAGCUCAAUGGGAACGUCAUCUGGGUCCAGACUUUGUACGAAGGAGACAGGAUCGCCAAUGACCCCAACACCGGCGAGGGAGAUGCGCUCGUGGUGGGUGGCCUAAUUGAUGGAGACGAGAGCAGCACAGAAGGAGCCGAGGAAGACGUUCUCAAAGAGCUGCCAUCAGAAAAGGUGAAGCCUUCAAAACACAAACAACGCGCUCUCGAUCUACUUAAACGCGUCUCAGCACGCCGCAAGACCUUGCCACGAGAAGUGGCACGGGCCACCGCUGAGCAGGAUGAGGAGCUAUUCCUCCUCAAGAGCGAGACCAAGACCCCAGCCUGUGUGCCAGAUACCCAUGGCGCGCAGUUUGCAGAUAUGAUUGCGAUGCAAUUUGAGCUGCCUGCAGAUAUGGUCAUCAAGACAUCGAACUACUCGGCGUUUCAGGGCACAUCGCUACUGAUGACGCUGAGAGCGAAGCUUGUCACCGAACUCUACAUCUGCGGGUGUAUUACAAAUGUGUCUGUACUCGCAACUGUCAUUGAUGCAGCAAGGCAUGGAGUCAAGAUCAACGUCAUCGAGGACUGUCUUGGCUAUCGUAAGUCAUCACGACAUGAGCUGGCCUUGAAGCGCAUGGACGAGUUUUUCGAUGCGUAUCUCGUUAACAGCACGGAGAUUCUCACGAAAGAGCUUCCUGUUGUUACGGACAAGAAGCCGUCACCGCCCAGUGCCUCAAGGAAAGAGUCCAAUGAUAACGAGAAGCACAUCCAGGCGGCACUAGAGAGGAUGUCUUUAAAGGAUACUGAAGGGCGGCCGUCAUCACGUCCACAAAGUAUCAGAUCACCCACAAAGAUCCUGUCAGGAGGGCAACGCAAGCUAUCGCUCGUCUCUAUUGCCGAAUCCAGAAAAGCACUAAACAGCCCGCCUGCCACUGCAGAGACUGCCGAGCCAACAGACAGGGAGUUCACGGACAACUUGGUUCGUGGUGCAGUUAUCACAGGUGCUGAAAACGGCCAGAAAGAAGAAACAAAACUCGUGACCAAAAAGAUCCGCAUGCGAUCAAAGGGUACCAAGAAGAAGAAAAAGAAGAAGACAGACGACGAUGGUCCGCAAGAGGCUGUCGAGGGUGCACAGGUGAAUGGCGAGGCUAGUGCUGCUGCGAACCAUGGUACAGCGGAAGCGGCUCCGCCAGUCGCAAUCACACCACCAGUUCCUGAAGCCGUCAAGGAACCACUACGGUCUGAACCUGAGCCCAGACGUGGGUCGUUACUAUCGAGAGCAGAGAGUGUACUCAAUCUACGUGAGAAGAUGACGAAGCCACAGCCACUCAAGAGCGUCGCGUCACAACCAGCACUGUCGGGCAGGACGGAGACGAAAGAGAAGGAGAAGGAUCGCGACAGUUGGUCAGAUCGUAUGCGUCAGUCACUUUCGAGGACGCACAAGCCCGACUCUACAUCCGAGGCAAAGAACAGGUCAUCUUACUCCACAAAGGGAGAAUCACGACGUACGUCUGUAGCUGCAACAAUCGCAGAAGUACCUCCGACGCCCUCAAAGAUUGUAGAGUCGACACCGAAAGGAACGGCUGAAGCAGAAGCGCAGGGGACAAGUGAACCGCCAACUCCGAAUAAGGCAAUUCCCGCUUCUGUCACGCCAACCACGAUGGCCGCCCCGAAAGGCAAGACGCCUAAGCUCCAGUCUCUCGCAAAUCUGCCCAUGCUCGGUCCAGGCGAUAAGAUCGGCGAAGGCGAUUCCUCCAUCACGCACGACUUCUUCCCAGCCGAUCUCAAACAUCCUUCAGAUCCCACCAGACCACUCUGCGACGUCAUCUUCACCCAGCUCUACAACGAGGUUUGUUGGCAGACUAUGCAUCAUCAGACAGGUGCAGUUCCACGUCUCGUAUGCGCUCAAGGCCUCUUUCGGUCUGACGGGUCAAUGCCGGUAUACCGUCAUCCGUCAGACCAGUCUCUACCUUUGCUACACUUCAGUCCGAAAGUUGAUGUCAUUAGGAAGAGGGCAGAAAAGGCUGUUGGACACCCACUCAACCACGUCCUGAUUCAAAUGUACCGCGAUGGAACCGACUACAUCUCCGAGCACUCCGACAAGACUCUUGACAUCGUGCGCGAAUCAUCUAUCGUCAAUGUAUCGUUCGGUGCGCAACGGACAAUGCGACUGAGGAUGAAGAGGCCCUCAAAGACUGCCAACGGUGAAGUGGGAGAAGAAAGCAAGGAAGACACUGAACGAAUAACCCAACGCGUCCCUCUUCCCCAUAACUCCCUGUUUACUCUAGGCCCUGCCACAAACGCCCAAUUCCUCCACUCCAUCCAGCCUGACAAGCGCAUACCCGCCGAGCGCAGUCCCACCGAACUCGCGUACAACGGCAUCCGCAUCUCCCUCACCUUCCGCCACAUCGGCACCUUCCUCGACGCGCGCUCCCACACAAUCUGGGGCCAAGGCGCAACCGCCAAAGAACAGCAAUCCUCCGCCCUCAUCCACGCCUUCGGCACCGAAAACCAAAGCACAUCUUUCGACUGGCCUACCGUCUACGGCCCCGGCUUCGACGUCCUCCACCUGCAGGCCGCUCCGCCCGACCUCCCCAUCCUCUUCGCCUCCAACAACGCCAUCGAAACCGCACAAGCCCGGCUCUUCCUCUGGGAAGCCAAGAUCGCAUACACGCUCAUCGACGCGCCCACGCUAGACCCAGAAUUCGAGCGCGAUCGCCAAGUCGUGUACAGAGACUUGGACGCCAUGCACACCGAAAUGCGCAUGAGCAGCUGCAUCCUCAUGUACCUGGAUAAAUACCAGCCGUUCGACACCUCCGAGGCGAGUCGCUUGAUUACCGCCAACGCGUACCCCAUCAUGCUGCUCGCUGCGGGCUUGCUCAAGGCGUGGAAUAAUCGCCGCGCGCCUGGGUAUCUUGCGGAGUUUGAAAAUCUGCUGGCGCAGCUGGAGGACGAGGUCAUGCGCUGUGGCGGGCCGUAUAUCGCGGGCAGCAGGUUUAGCGCGGCGGAUUGUCAGGUUUGGCCCGUGUUGGAGGAGAUAGUGGGAGCUUGGGAUGGAUGGAGUGAGGAGGGGUGGCCGGGGCUGGCGGAGUGGUGGCGCAUGACGGGGAGGAAGAAGGGGUGUGUGAAGAAGUUGAGGGAGAGUAUGGUGGAGAGGGUGAAGGUUGAGGGGAAGGAUGGUAAGGAGGGAAAAGGAGAUGAGUGA